AUAUUUCUUUUUCCGCUCAUGCAAAUCUUUGGGUGGCACCAAGUUUAGUAAAGCUGCUGCUUUUGGGUAUCUAAACGAUUUCCCCUGCCGCCUUUUUGCCUCGGUGCCUGACGACGUUUUUUGGGCUUUGGAAGAAGGAAAUGGCGAGGAGAAAGCUAUAAAUAUGGAGCUGUACAAAGUAUAGGGGAGACGAUUUUUCCCUUUUGUUUCGUGGAAGGAAAGAAAUUUUUGAUUUUGAGGGUGGGAAGGACAUAAAAGUGCGAUUUUUGUGGAGGCCGAAGAGCUGAAGAUCCGGUCUUGGGAUGGACGGGAUGUGGGAUCUCAACAGCACGGCCUCUGCGGCGGCGUCCGCGGCUGGGGACGGCGGAGAGGAGGAUAACGGGAAUCUGGCGGGGGUCUCGUCUGCCGACGCCGAGAACAAUGCCUCCAGCUCCUCCGUGGUCGUCGUCGAGGCUGCCGAUGAGGGGGAGACAGACGGCGGCGCCGGGAAGAUCUUCGGAUUCGCUAUCUCCCGCCGCCGCGAGGAGAGCCUCUCCGCGGAGAGCGAGCCCGGGAUGGUCACCCACCAGUUCUUUCCGUUGGGCGACCAAGGAGACGCUCGACACGGUGGCGGGCCACACGGUAGUUCCUGGCCGCCGCCGCCGCCGCCGCCACCUAGUUCCCACUGGGCCGGCGUCAGGUUCUGCCACUCGACUGAGCGGGUCGUGAUCGGGAAGCCGGCGGAGGUGCCGCAACCGGUGAAGAAGAGCCGCCGGGGACCGAGGUCGAGGAGCUCCCAGUACCGCGGCGUCACCUUCUACCGGAGGACCGGGCGAUGGGAAUCCCACAUAUGGGAUUGUGGAAAGCAAAUCUACUUGGGUGGAUUCGACACAGCACAUGCUGCUGCUAGGGCAUACGACCGAGCUGCGAUCAAGUUCCGUGGAAUGGACGCAGACAUCAAUUUCGAUUUGGACGACUACCAGGAGGAUCUGAAACAGAUGAGCAAUCUCACCAAGGAGGAGUUCGUUCAUGUGCUUCGACGCCAGAGCACAGGUCUCCCGAGAGGCAGCUCCAAGUACAGGGGUGUCACCUUGCACAAGUGUGGGAGAUGGGAGGCUAGAAUAGGGCAGUUCCUGGGGAAGAAAUAUGUUUAUCUCGGCCUCUUCGACACUGAAAUUGAAGCUGCCAGAGCUUAUGACAAGGCCGCGAUCAAGUGUAGCGGAAAGGAUGCAAUUACUAACUUCGAUCCUAGCAUUUACUCCAACGAUCUCGACAUCCAGACUGGCACAACCGAGCACGAUCUCGACCUGAGCCUGGGCAGCUCGGGAUCCAAAAGGAAUAACCUCGAUCAGAGGGACGACAAAAUCUUCAAGGUAGUGGACCAAGGAGUUCCUCUUGGUUUCGAGCCAGAAUGGAGUCGCAACACCAGACUGAAGUUUCAUGAGAUGCUUAAGCUGCCCGAUGAGAAAGAAAGCAGAAGCAACAGAUCACAGAACAUUGGCUUCCUUCGUUCUCCGGUUCGUGUCGAGGCCGAUGAGGUGUGCAAGUACCCACAGCUCGAAAGGAACAGUGAGACAUUGCCGAUGGUCCAAAUCAUACCACAGCAAUUCAGUCACCCUAGAUUUCAUCAAUAUGCAGGCAGCAUCGAAGGAGUAAGGACUGCUGCAGGGCUUUCGUUUCCAGUCGCCGGUGAGCAACGAUGGAGUCAUUUAGGCCAGGGGAAAGGCAGCGGAACUUGGCUACCGGCCGCCGCGCCACCGUCUCACUUAUUCUCGGCCACCACUUCUGCAGCAUCAUCAGGAUUCCCACCACAAAUAGCAACAUUGCCUUCCAAUUGGCAGCAGCAGCAGGACUUGCAACCUUUCGUGAGGCCCAGCUAAAACAAAAGGACACUUGGGUGGUGGGAUCCAUUGCCUCUGCUGUCGAAGAACCCACUUCGGCCAUGUUUUGUUGCAGCUUUCGACCGCACCACUACCACAAGACAUCGACGAACCUUUCGAGCGCGGAUGAUACGGCAUCUGUGGCUAAAAGGGUGGGAAGAAUUGAUGUAAAAGAAUUGGUAGAUUAGAUGCUUUCAUUUGAAGUGGUUCUCUCCUGUGUUCAAAGAAAGGCUCUGCUGCUACGCUGCUAAGCUCAAUGGUGUUUGGUUUUUGCACUUUGCUCUCUGUGUCUUCUUACCUUUGCUUGUAAAAGUCGGUGGCAGUGAAGAACCGGAGAACGGAGAUCAGAGAAGGAUGAAUGAUAGUGUUGUAAACCUACAUAUAUGGGGUUUGUAUUUGAUGGCUAAUAAAGAUUGUCACCUUAGAAAUGAA